AUGAUGAACUCAAGAAGAGAGCAAACGGAGCAACCUCAACCGAUUGUCGAAGAUGUGGUAGUCCAAAAACUAGACAUCGAAAUUGAAGCCGCUUCACAAAGCAGGAACAGAACGUUGUACAACAAAUUGUCGGAAGAUAAGAGGAGAUGGCUGGAAUUCACUAGUAAGAGUCAAGGCGAGGUCGAGGGCGGAACGGCGGAGAAAGGUCCGAAAGAUGUUAGCGCGCGAAAGAAAGUCAACGUGGUGAAGGGGAACGAAUUGAUAAAUGAUUUGAUAGGUAGUAACGGGAAUGAAGGCGGAUCAGGAGGUGGUUCAGGUAACGGAGGAAAUUUUGGUGGAUCAUCAGGCGGAAAUUUUGGUGGAUGGGGACGUGGGAAACAAGCAGAUGAGAAUGGAGGUCAGAAUGGACAGACCUACGGGAAUAGAAAUGGAGUUGGAAGAGGUGCAGCGCAUAAGAAGUGA